AUGUCCAAAAACUCUUGGGCAGCUGCAGUGGAUGUUCAGGAGGCUACAUCCUUACAGCUUGACUUUUCCAAAAAAGUCAGUGGAGUUCGUGGUCCACGCAACGUGAUAGGAGACAUAAACGGCAAUAUCAUGCCCGUGAAGGCCGAAAAUGGAGGCUGGGGAGAGGGAGAGGAGCGAGUCAACCUGGCCGAGCAGUCUCUGCUGAACAAACUAAUCCGCCGCUCACUGGUGAGGAACAGAAACCAGGUGGAGGUCCUGCAGGCGGACCCCAACUCUCCACUGUACUCGGUGAAGACCUUUGAGGAGCUGAGACUGAAGCCUGAGUUGCUGAAGGGGGUGUACAAUAUGGGCUUUAACAGACCAUCAAGGAUCCAGGAAAACGCUUUGCCUAUGAUGUUGGCACAGCCACCUCAGAAUCUGAUUGCGCAGUCGCAGUCUGGCACAGGUAAAACUGCUGCAUUUUCUCUGGCCAUGCUCAGCCAUGUAAACCCUGACAAUAAGUGGACUCAGUGCCUUUGCAUUGCACCGACGUACGAGCUCGCAUUGCAGACCGGUCAAGUCAUUGAGCAAAUGGGGAAAUUUUGUCCAGAUGUGAAGCUGGCAUAUGCCAUUCGGGGAAAUAGAAUGGAGCGAGGAGCCAAGUUGCAACAGCAGAUUGUCAUUGGUACACCGGGCACAGUCCACGACUGGUGCACCAAGUACAAGCUCAUUGACCCCAAAAAGAUCACUAUGUUUGUGCUGGAUGAGGCUGAUGUGAUGAUCGCCACCCAGGGUCACCGGGACCAGAGCAUUCGAAUCCACAGACAGCUGCCGAUGAACUGUCAGAUGCUAUUUUUCUCUGCAACGUUUGAGGACUCUGUGUGGAGGUUUGCAGAGCAAAUUGUUCCUGAACCUAAUAUAAUCCGGCUGAAGCGUGAGGAGGAGACGCUGGAUACCAUCAAACAGUUCUAUGUGAACUGCAAAGAGAAGGAGGACAAGUUCACGGCACUCUGCAAUCUGUACGGGGCCCUUACCAUUGCACAGGCCAUGAUCUUUUGCAGGACCCGGAAGAUGGCUGCCUGGCUGACAGAAAGUCUGACCAAAGAGGGCCAUCAGGUGGCAUUGCUAAGUGGUGAAAUGACAGUGGAGCAGCGAGCUGCUGUCAUUGAACGCUUCAGGAGCGGCAAAGAGAAAGUGCUUGUGACCACGAAUGUGUGCUCAAGAGGUAUUGAUGUGGAACAGGUGUCUUUGGUGGUGAACUUUGACCUCCCAGUUGAUCUGGACGGGAAUGCUGACAAUGAGACAUACCUUCACCGCAUUGGCCGUACCGGCCGUUUUGGCCGACGUGGAUUUGCCGUUAAUAUGGUGGACAGCCAGCACAGCAUGGAUAUUAUAAAAAAGAUUGAGAUGCAUUUCGACAGGAAAAUCAUCAAACUUGACACCUCCAAUCUGGAGGAAAUGGAGAACCUGAUAAGCUGAAGUUGCAACAACCAGAC